AACGUUGGUAAAACAGAAAGUUUGAAAAGCAGAAGUUUGACUGAGGGCGUUAGUCAGGCAAAAUCAGAUCUGAGAGAAGAGCGAACUAUGAGGGUCCUCGUGUUGGUGUUCUGGACGGUGAGGCUGCAGAUUACAGCGGACCGGCUGACCUCCGUCGUUGUCAAAGAAGGGGAAAGCGUGGUGUUGCCCUGUGACACUGGGAUUCCUUCUGCACACGGUCGGUGCAACACGACGUACUGGAUUGUCAGCUCUACACCAUAUAACUAUCCAGUCUCAGAUGGAAAGGUCAUAAAACAGCUGUCUGAGAAACUGAGUCUAACGGACGACUGCUCUCUGUUGAUGAAGAAGGUCACGACCUCUGACUCCGGACGCUACUACUGUCGACAGGACAGCUCUGGACAUAACGACGCUUUGGUUUAUCUGUCCACUGUUCGGUUGUCUGAACAGAAAGAGGUUGACGGGGUGACGUUGACCUGUGCAGUGACCGUAGGUGACCACCCCAACCUCAGGGUGGAGUGUGGAUCUGUAGAUGGAACAGACAGCUGGACGUCACAAUUUCAGUGCUCCAUCAGGUUCCCCAGCUCUGUCCUCCACAACAAUCCAGACUACCGUCGCUUGUUCGUCUGUAACGUGAGCAGUAAACUGAGAGACGAAGACGCUCAGACGUUCACCUUCAGAAUUCCAUCCACAGAAGAUGAGACUCAGAGUCUGAAGCUGAUGGUCAGAGAUGGAGGACAUGUGAGUCUGCCCUGUAAAGCUUUGCUGAGUCCAGAUGAGGACGCAGAUGCUGAUUGGUUCUUCACGGCUGACCCAAGUUCACCGGAAGUGAAGCUGCUCAGCCGCAGAGAAAAAACAAACAACGACCGACCUGAACUCAGCGUCACACAGGAGUUUUCUUUGGUGUUGGAGAAGGUGACGGUGAAGGACUUUGGUCAGUACACCUGCAGGAUCAACCAACCAGCUCGGAGCUCUCUGGUCCAGCUGUCUGUCAUUAACAUUUAUGCGGUUGAUGACACAAAGUUGGCCUGCUCAGUGUUGUCAUUCAAAGCUUGUGGACACUCUGUAGAGUGGUUGAUCAAGGGGGCAGAAGGUCAGGUGUCCCAGGAUGGCUGUUCAGCCCAGUUGACCUUCACCACUCCUCUGACCAAUCACCACGGCUGCUUCACCUGUAGAGUCAACGACAGCAGCAACGUGGCGUUGUAUUACUUUGGACCUCCGUCCUGUGAGGGAGCAGUUUCAGCUCCGGUUCUUCAGGAUCCACACUGGUGGAUUUACCUGGCCGUGGCCGUGGCCGUGGGCGUGGGUGUGACCGUCAUCCUGCUAACUGCUAUUAUUGUUGUGUGUCAGAGAAAACACAAAGGACUCAGACCUCAGACGGACAACGUUACGGAAACAGUUCCAGUGACUACUUCUCCUACAGCAACCAGUCACAGCACGGAUCUUGAAGAUGGCAUCUGCUACGCUUCUGUCAGCUAUACUCAGAGAGCGAAGACCAAAGAGAAGACUCACAUGAUGAUUGAACGGGACGAUGUCGAUGAUGACGUUAAUACGGUGACCUACAGCGCCGUGAAGACGUUCUCUUCUCGUGACAACGCUCCAGACUCCGGGAGUCUCUACGCUUCAGCAAAAUGUUAACUCAACAUGAAGAUGCUGCUAUGGCUAUGUUCAAACAGCGUGACAGAGAUAGAAAAAUACUUUUUGUUAGCAAUAGAUGGCGCUACCUCUCACAGGGGGAAAAAAAAUUGGCGAUUAUAAAUGACAUUUAUUUAAUGAAAAAAAAAACGAACUAAACAUUUACUAUAACAUAUGUAUGUACAUAGAUAUAACUAUAUAUGUACUGUAAAUUCAGUUUGAAUAAUUUAUUAUAUUAUUAUUAAUGUUGUUGUUGUUUCAUGGAGAAGAGCCUGAAAAUAACUACGGCCAGAACACUGUCAGAGUGGGCUGAACUGAACUGUAACUUCCUGUGGCUGUAGAGACGGACGGUUCAACCUGUGGUGAACAAUAACGGUGGCUUAAUCACAUGACACCUCGUCUAACUGUGACAUCAGCGUUUCUAUUUAACCCUUUAGCAGUUCUGGUUAAAAAGUACAACAUACAACUUCAUAUGAAGUCAGUUUGAAGGCCAUCUGUGAAGAGGUACACGUACAAAUGUAAAAACAAAUCUGUGAGAAAGAAAAACAGCUACGAAGCUUCCACAGGAUUUAGCCAAACUUGUUUUUUUGCCUAAAGGAGAUCUUCCUGUAUAUGUUACUGCAUUUACUUUGUAAGAAAUUGUCACCAAAAUUAAAGGUUUAUCUCAAUUUCAGA